AUUACAUCUAACACUCCCAUUGACCGAGAGGCAUUGAUCAAAGCUGUUGAACAUGCGGGAUAUGAAGUUGCUGAUGCAGCCACUGAAUUAUCAAUAGAUGGAAUGACCUGUGCCUCAUGUGUCAGUCGUGUUGAAAAAGCGCUAAAAGCCGUUCCCGGUGUUAAAGAGGCAAAUGUAAAUCUCGCAACUGAACGCGCAACAAUCACGGGCACUGCCAAUGUUGCGGCUUUAAUCGCAGCGAUUGAUAAGGCGGGUUAUGAUGCCAAAGAAAUUCAAACCGCUAUCCCAGAUCAAACAGAACACUUAGAGAAAAAAGAUCAAGAACGCGCUGAACUAAAACGAGACCUUAUACUUGCCACUAUUUUUGCGUUACCUGUUUUUAUUCUAGAAAUGGGUUCGCACCUUAUUCCGGGCAUGCACCAUCUGAUUGCUCAGACCAUCGGGAUACAAAAUAGCUGGUAUUUACAGUUUAUUCUGACCACACUAGUUUUGGUAAUUCCGGGUCGAAGAUUCUAUAUCCACGGAUUACCCGCUUUAUUGCGUUUAGCGCCAGAUAUGAACUCGCUAGUUGCUGUAGGCACCUUGGCAGCUUAUCUAUUUUCCAUCGUCGCGACAUUUAUACCCAGCAUCUUACCUGCUGGAACAGUCAAUGUUUACUAUGAGGCAGCUGCGGUUAUCGUUGCCUUAAUUUUACUCGGUCGUUUUCUUGAGGCAAAAGCCAAAGGAAGAACCUCAGAGGCAAUUCAGCGCUUAGUCAGUCUACAAGCCAAAGUGGCACAUGUUUCUCGUAACAAUCAAAUCGUAGAUAUUCCAAUCGAUCAAGUUGUCGUAGGUGACUUUAUCAUUGUCAAACCGGGUGAACGUGUUCCUGUUGAUGGAAAAGUCAUUGAAGGCAAAAGCUUUGUAGAUGAGUCAAUGAUUACCGGUGAACCGAUCCCUGUCGAGAAAAAAAUAGACAGUGAAGUGGUCGGUGGCACUAUCAAUCAAAAUGGCACAUUAAGCUUUAAAGCUGUCGCUGUAGGCGGCGAAACUAUGCUUGCACAAAUCAUUCGUUUGGUUGAGCAGGCACAAGGCUCGAAAAUGCCCAUUCAAGCUGUAGUUGAUAAAAUCACCUUAUGGUUUGUACCAGCUGUAAUGGCUGCUGCUGUACUGACUUUCUUGAUUUGGUUGAUUUUCGGUCCUUCCCCUGCUUUAACAUUCGCAUUAGUCAAUGCUGUUGCUGUGCUGAUUAUUGCCUGCCCUUGUGCAAUGGGUUUAGCAACGCCAACCUCAAUUAUGGUCGGAACAGGUCGUGGUGCUGAACUCGGUGUACUGUUCCGUAAAGGCGAAGCAUUACAACUACUGAAAGAUGCCAAAGUUGUUGCUGUAGAUAAAACAGCCGUUGAAUCUCGUUCUGAGCAUCCGAUUGCUAAAGCCAUCGUAGAUGCUGCAAUCAAAGAAAAUCUGACCUUACCCAAAGUGAAUCAAUUUGAUUCUGUGACCGGUGAUAACGCCCGUACAGCACAAGCCAUUGCUCGCCAGCUCGGUAUUGACGAAGUGAUUGCGGAAGUUCUACCUGAAGGAAAAGUCAAAGCGCCGUGGGUCGAAGUAAUGCAGGCUAUCGCUCCUAUUCUGACCAAGAUGCUGAACGGCUCAAGUUUAUUCGAAGUUCAAGAUCACUUGGAUUUUCAGUUGCAGAGAUCGCUGAUCUUUUAG